UUGUUUUUUGUUUUUCCAUAUUGUUAUUCGUGUGAAAGAGUGCCUCGUCGUUGUGCAGUCGAGGCUCGUUUCAGCCGGAGCGCAUGUUUUGGGAAGAAUAUCACCCUCGAGUGACAACAAGGUACAUCACGGUCCAGCUGCUGAACGAAGUGAGAUAGUGCGCGGGUGGUCGUGUAACUAUUGUAUAGCUUGGUUUCUUGUUGUUAUGGUGCCGUGAACCGCGCGAGUCUUGGCUGGCGUCGACGACCUCCGUCCACUGUUUUCUCCACUUGGCCGAUGACCGGACCAUCACCGGUACUCCGCAGCGUUACCGCCACGCCAGAGACAAAGAGGAUCCCAUAGCCAUGUGACGAGCGUGCCCCGGGUGACGUAGGGGCCGGCUCGUCGAUCGAGGAGCAGGAGAGAGAGGGCCGAGGGGGCUGGCCGGGCGAUGAACGGCGACGACCACGGGCAGGCCGAGAUCCAGGAAUGCUGGACCGGCAGCGAGUACGGCAGCAGCAGCGAGGAGACGGCGGCCCUGCUCAGCCGGCCGAACGUCCAGCCCCUCGUCGUCUCGUCGACGGCGUCCUCAAAGCCGGUGCUCCAGAGGCAAGACCGGGCGACGUACCUGCUCGCCUCGCCCCAGCUGUCCGUCUCGGGGUUGGGCGGCAGCGAGGAGAGCGGCACCGGGGUCGAGGACACGGGGGCUGCGAGGUCCGUCCCCGACAUCGAGCUACAGUGCCGGCUCGAUGAGCAACACCAGCUCCAGCAGCAGAUACAGCACCACCAGCAGGUUACCCCGUCGUUUUACCAGUCGAGCCACUACAGGCCCAGGCAGAGUCACUUGCACAGGUGCAGGUGCGACCGGAGGGACUCGCUGGCGCCCUCGUCCGCCCUCUACCUCGCCAGAAGCGUGUCCAGGGAGAGCGUCCGGAGCCAGCACCACUGUUGCCCAUGCCAGCAGACGGCCUCGAGCUUGUCCUCCCACGCGAUCGGGAGCUACGGGGGUCCCGGUGGCUCGGGUCACCUACCACCGGCGGUGCUGGUAACUUCGUCGCCUACGGCUCGCAUGAUACGCCAGAGCUCCCAGCCAGAGUCGGCGAGUGGCGACGGUGGCCGCGGUGGUGGGCUGCACGCUCCCUCGAGCUGCUGCUGCUGCUGCUCGGGCUGCCACCUGCACACGGACGGCCGAGGCUUCCACGGCGGCCCGAGCCCGAGCGGCGCCUCGUUGCGACAGUUUCGCGAACCCGGCGACGGCAUUGCCGGUAUCGCGGCCGACUCGCUGCGCUUCAACGAAAAAACUUUCGGUCAGGGGGUGCUGUUGUGUCCAAGGACGCUGUCCCAGGCGAGGAGGUCGAGGCUGAGGCGGGCCCUCACGGAGGCGACCGCCGAGACCGUCAGCUACGUCAAAGCGCUGCGGAAGCCGGCGUCGACGCUGUCGAUACCGGGGGCGAUGAAGAGCAGCGGUGGGAUCGGGGCCCACUACGCCUGCGGCUCGAUACUGGGUGGCCAAGGCGAGGAGGCCGCUGUAGUACUAGUCGGCGGUGACUACCCGCGUGGCGGCGGCUGCGCAGGCGGUGACGAGCGUGCUUUAUCCGUGAGCGGGCUCACCGGUGCUGGGAGUGUUAUUGGCGGCGCCGGGGGUACGGCCGGCCUGGGACCCGGUCAAUUGCAAGGGCCCAAGAACAGCAUCGGCGCCGCCUCGAAGCACAAGCCCAACGUCGGUUACCGGCUCGGUCGGCGGAAGGCACUGUUCGAGAAGCGCAAGCGCAUCAGCGACUACGCACUCGUCAUGGGCAUGUUCGGCAUCAUCGUCAUGGUCAUUGAGAACGAGCUAUCCAGCGCCGGCAUCUACACCAAGGGUGCGGGCUGCACUGCACUUCUUGUAGCCGUAGUGUCGAGGAAGCUGGAGCUGACGAGGGCAGAGAAGCACGUUCACAAUUUCAUGAUGGACACGCAACUCACGAAAAGGCUGAAAAACGCAGCAGCCAACGUGCUCCGCGAGACGUGGCUCAUCUACAAGCACACGCGUCUGGUGAAGAGGGUCAAUGCCGGCAGGGUUCGCGCACAUCAGCGCAAGUUCUUACUGGCCAUUUAUGCACUGCGAAAAGUCAAAAUGGACCAGAGGAAACUAAUGGACAACGCCAGUACGGUAACGGACAUGGCCAAGACUCAGAACACUGUGUACGAGAUAGUGUCGGACAUGAGCAGCCGGCAGGACGCCCUCGAGGAGCGGCUGGUUGGCAUGGAGGAGAAGCUGAUCUCCCUGCAGGAGCAGCUGGAGCUCCUGCCCGAGUCGUUGACGCGCUGCAUGGCCCAGCACGCCGAGCGGCUGGAGCAGCGUCGCAACUUCCUUCACCCGGACGCGGCGGUGGUGGCCGCCCCGUCGACGCCAACCCCAGCCCCCGGCGUGCCGAACAUCGGCGCCCACCAGGUCGGCACCUCCUUCCCCGGCUUCGCCUCGAUCGGCGCGAGCGGCUCCAUCCUCGGGCCCCAACAGCUCAGCUCCAACACCCUCCUUCCCCACUCGCGCAGCGUGCCCAGCGGCCCGGUCUCGCUCCACCCGUGGCCGGCCUCGCCCGUCCUGCCCCCGGUCUCCAGCCGCACGCCCCACCUCGUGCCCGAAACCAGCCGAUCCUCCCAACAGCAGGGCCCGCAAAUCGCCAGGCUCGGCACCAGCCAGGGCUCGGACACCUCGCCGCACAGCUGAGUCUCGGCCCUGCAGCCGCAGCACUCCUACUGAGAACCCGUUGUUGCGUCCUCGCUGGUUAUAUUUCACGCCCGUCUGUCUAUCUGCGCGCGUGCGGGUGUGCGAUUUUUUUUUUUUUGUUUUCAUUUGGACACAUACUGUAGUUGUUGAUGCGCGUAAAAAAUAUACGCGCGAAUACAUUCGUGAGUACUAGAGCGCCUUCCCGUCUGGACUACGUUCUUUCCUCCUUCGGCGAGAGGAUCUUACACCAGAUUUUAUUUCACUGUUUUUACGCGGCUUUUUUGUUUAUCGCUAUAUACACGCAUACGGUUAUACGUACCCUUGAAAAUAAUUUAACACGUACGCUUGCGUCUGUUUUGUUGAUCGCCAAGUAAAAGUGGAAAUAGUUCAUUUUUAUUAUUAUUAUUAUAAUUAAUCCAUCAAAGGGAACGGAAACAGACAGGAAUUGCCCCGCACACGGCGCUGCUUCACACACGUAACACGAGAUAGAGAGAGAGAGAGAGAGCGUGAAAUCUUCCACUGUAUAUAAUAUAUCGCUAAUGAACGAUAUACACCUAUACGCUGCGAGCUGCUUCCCUCCUCCUCCCCCCACCCCUGCCCAACAUGCGUGCCUGAUAUAUAUAUAUAAUACGUAUAUGAUUACACGCGACGUAAUCGAUGCAUAGUAUAUGUAUAAAUACAUAUAUAUAUACAUGUAUAUUGCGUAUAUUGUUAAGAAAAUAUACACACGCGCGCGUACAAUUAGAUAUGAUGUGGCAAUGAAUCUAUAGGAGAGCGAAAAAUGGAUGAGAGGAUGACGUGCGACGUUAUACAUGCACAUGUGACGAUAUAAAUAUUAUUGCUAUGAUAAUAUAUUCACGACGCAACGAUUCCACGUGUUUGUUCGUAGGCGCGUUAAAAAUUAUUAUGCGUUAAAGAGCGAUGUUUGUAUGAGAUGCUAUUUAAAAAAAAAAAAAAAAGAAAAAAGAAAAAAAGAAACUAUAGAGUAUGAUAAUUUGAUUCGGGGGUAAAAAAUAAAACAAAAAGGUCGAGUGUGCGAAAUUAUACAUAUGCAAUUAUGGACAAAAAAAUAAAUAAAUUGCGAGACGUUGGGAGAAGUGCACGUAGUGUGUUUUGCCUUUUUUUCUCAGCAAAUACAUAUAUAUAGGUCUCGUAUACAAUUAAUUGUAAUUAAGUCGAGAGCAAAGUGUUGAUCAUAUAGUGAUUUUAAGUAGGUAGAUAAAUAUAUAUAUACGAUGCAACGACGGAACGCGUGAAUUUUUAUACUUAUAAAUAUAGGACAAAGAAUUGAAUUGACGUUCAUAGCCCAGGAAGCGAAAGAAACGUAAGGAGCUUUUAUCGAGAAUUCCUUUCGUCCUUUACGAUUGACAUUGUUCGGAGUAUUCGAUUUCGUUAAGAAAUCAUACAAUUUUUUUUUUUUUUUUUCAUCAUUCAACUUGAUUUCGAUACAUAUUUAUUAUAUAUAUACACUUGUCGGUAUUAUUUUAUAAUUUAUUAUUCCGUUAAAUUGAAUUUUAAUAAUGACAAAGGAAUUCUCGAUGGGAAUUGUGCGCCUGCCUCCAAGUGUUCACCAACGCGAGCGAGUACCAUCGAACAAUAAAAGGAAAAAAAAGGAAGCAGUGAAUAACGAGGAAAAAUGUAAAGUUAUCUUAGUCGCUUCGACGUCCGUGUAGGAUAAUAGAUUUUAAAUGACGCUUCGAAGGACGAAGAGUUUCGACGUAUCGAGAAACAAAGUUGAGAAAAGAAGGGAAAAAGUUCUCGCGAAGAAGAGAGAAUUUUACCGGGGCGCAUUUUAUUUUUAUCUCCUCGAUAAAUCGCGUAGCAUCAAUUUGAGUAAGAUGAACGAGAGACGCUUGUAUUUUAAGAAGUCGCGCGCGCGUUACUCGACAAGUACUUCACGUAGACAAAAGAGAAAAAAAAAAUUAUAAUAAUAAUAACAAAUAAUGAAUCGUAGAGCGAAGCGAAGCUGCAAAAGUUGCUGAUAUUAUUAUACCGUUAUUAAACCGCGUAAAAAACGUACUUUGGAGGAAAUAAAAAUCGAUCGCGAAACAAACUAUAUAAUAACUGUACUGUUUCCUCGUACGUACAUAUAUAUUAUACAUAAAUGCUAAACGUUACAAGAUUAUGUACAUAAAUAUAUACAUAUAUAUUUAAAGAAGAAGGUAUGUUGGGUUGCGAAUGUAUACUCAUCGUUUCGAUGGAUUUUCUUUGUUCAAUUUUUUUUUUUUUCCGUACAAACGACAACGCCCCUUACUUGCGGAUAGUGAAAUACGUAUACAUUCGUGAAAUUAACACAAAAUCGAUAUAAUCGAGAGAUCGAACGUCAUCCCUAGUUAUUUAAAAAUAAAAAAUAUAUAUAUACAUAAAAAAAGCGUUCAAAACGCAUUGAUCCUCCUCGAGAUCCUCCUUCUCCGUUUAAACAGAGUCUAUACAGUAAUAAUGAUAAUAUGUACCUUCCUUUGAAAACUGUCCAUCCCCAGUCUAUGAUCACCUUCUGUUUCGUCAACCUCACCGCUGGAAGGGAGGCGUCCUGCCCGCGUUUUUUUUAUUUUUUAUUUUGGUUUUUUAAAGAUUAAAAAGUUUAUUUUUAGAAUGCAUAGAAUUUUAAAAGCUAACGUUUUACGCGUGUAAUGUAUGAUACACACGCUUGCUCACAUGUAAGUCGCUUCGGGGGUUCAAACCAAGUUCGCUCAAUUUAAACAACACGAAAAAUAUAUACUUAAAAAAAAAAAAA